AUGUUUGAUAUUUAUUUAAAACAUCCUUUCACCAUGUUAAUCGCCGGUCCAACAGGAUCAGGUAAAACACAAUGGGUGAAGAAAUUAAUUAAUAACGCGAAUACAAUAUGUUCACCUCCACCUUUACGUAUUCAUUACUUUUACGGUGAAUAUCAGAAAACUUUUGAUGAAUUAAAUCAUGUUAAUUUUAUUAAAGGUUUACCUGAAAAUCUAAUUGAAAAAAUAGACGGAGCUAAUCCUGAAUGGAUCAUUAUAGAUGAUUUAAUGCAUGAAACAUCAAAUUCUAAAUUUGAAAUGAAACACGAAACAUCUCUCAACUCUCAAUACAUGAUUCUAUUUAAAAUCCGAGAAAUCAAAUCAUUGGAUCAACUAUCCUUGAGCAAAUUUAUCCAAAUAAAGUCAGUAAAUUUCAAUCAAUAUUUGAAGAUGCAACUAGAAAACCUUACUCAUACUUAUUUAUAUAAUCGCAAAUGUACUGAAGAUAAAUCCGAAUUAUUACCUUUACUCAAUUCAAAUCUAUCGGAUGAUCUUAAAAUUAGAUUCAUAAAUGAGGUACUGAAAAGAAAAGGUCAGAAAAUGAUUCUUCCAGAACCAAUAGAAACAAAAAUCUCUCAAUCAAUACCUGAAGCAAUAAAAGAACCUAUUUCUGAACCAGCAAUUGAACCAACAAUUGAACCUACAAUUGAACCUACAAUUGAACCAGUAAAUGAACAAAGUAAUGAUUUGAAUGAUGAUGAAGAUGAUUAUCAAAGUUUCAGUUCAAAUGUUUCAGAAACUUGGACUACCAAGGCAACGAGAUUAAAACUGUUACUUAAUAAAAUUCCCGGACUAAUUAACGCAAAUGGACAAGUUGUUGAAAAUAAAAAACCUUAUGCUAGAAGUGAUAUUGAUGAUGUUAUACGAUACAUAACUAGUCGCAAUGAUCCAACAAGAGCACCACCAGGGCUAAAUAUCUGUUUCCAACGCUAUGGAUCUUUUCCUGAAAAUACUCUGACUAAAUUUACUAAUCGAUUGCAUCAUCCAAUCAAUCUAAUAGGAGAAUGGGUUGUAGCUAUCCAUGAGAUAUUUUAUCCCGUUGAUUUAGUGAUUGAUAGAAAAGAAAUUUAUCUCACUUUAGAAUUUCCUGAUGGACAAAGAAAAAUCAAAUUCGAAAUAAAUGAAAUUGAUGGUUUAGAAGGUGUGAUUCAUAACAUCAACACAAGAUUAAAAGAAAUUUAUGAUGAAGUGAUUUCCGUUAUUCCAGCAAAAAUUGCUAAAAGAGAAAGUGAUAAAUUUGAUCCAACAGACGAUACAAAAAUGGAUACAUUAAAACUUCUCGCUAUUACAGAUGAAGAAAUGGAAGCGAUGGGAUCAAAUGUCUAUCGAAGAAAAAUUCAAAGUUUAAUUGGUCGAAUCGCAGCGGAAAUUGAGAAAGAAGAGGAGGUUAAGAAACAAAAAAUUCUCGAAAUGAAUCAUAAGAAAACUAUUCAACAAUUAAAACAACGUAUCGAAAUCGAAGAGCAACUUGAAGAAAAAAAGGUGAAAAUUAAAACUAAAGAAACAGAAAUUAGCGAGAAAAAUGAUAUAAUCGCUAAUCAAAGAACUACAAUUGAUACCCUGAGGGAGGAAAUUAAAGGGCAUGAAACAAAAAUUUCCGCUAAGGAUCAAGAAAUCUUGAUGUGUAAAAAUGCAGCAGAUGAACAGAAUAAAAUUAAAACAACUUUUGAUGAAGUCUUUCAGCGUUUAGAUGAUGGUAUAUCAAAAUUAAUCGAAAUUAUUGAUACACAAACAAGCAGAAAAGCUACGGCGGAAGUUGAUAUCCUAAAAUACAAAAACAGUCUGACCAUUGAAAAUGAAAAACUUGAGAAAUUAACUCAAGAGAUUAAAGAUAAAGAAAAUGAACUGAAAAAAGCUAAUGAAAAAUUACAUACACUAAUAAUAACUAGUAAAUCUGAUAAUAAAUCGAAUGAAAAGAUUGAGGAGAUCAUAACAAAACCUGUUGAAGAGUUGAAAAAAGUUAAUGAAAAGUUAGAUGAGAUUAUAUCAAAACCAGAUGAAGAGUUGAAAAAAUUAAAUGAAAAAUUAGAUGUUAUUGCGUCAAAGCCCGAAGAAGAUUUGAAAAAGGCUCAUGCUAAAUUGGAUAUUUUAUUAGCAUCAUCAGGUUCCAAUCCUAAAGUGGUUGAUUUACAAUAUGAAAUAGUUCGAACAUUGAGCGAUAUUAUUCGAGCGAAAAAUGAAUCAUUUAAUACAACUCAAUCAUUUGCAUUUGCAUUACAAAGACAAUUAAUGGACUCUGAAAGAGCUUUGGUAAAUAGCAAGAUCAUAAUUGAAUCGAAAGAGAAACAACUAACCGCUGAAAGAGAAAUGAAAAAACUUCAACAAGAUGAAGCAGAUCGACGUCUCGCGGAUUAUGAAAAAGUGAUUGCUGAAAAAAAUAAAAGAAUUGAAGAACUUGAAAAAGAAAAGACUGAAUUAAUAGCUCAAAGAGACUCGGCAAACGGUCAAAUUUUAACCGCUUUGAAUGAGAUUUCGAAAUUACAAGCGGAAAUAAAAGAAAUAAAAUCAAUUACCAAAACAAUGAAUGAUGCUCUUCAAACAGAGAUCACAACAAAUCGUGAACAGGAUAAAAAAGUUCAAGCAGAAUUAGAUGAAAUAAAAACCUCGAUCGAAAAUAUUGAAAAAAAUAUUGAGAAAUUGACUGUUAAACGGAAAAAAGUUGCGAAAAUUAUUGAUAAUUCAAUUGAUAUAAAUGAACCACCAGAAAUUGUAUUGAAAGAUGACCUGAUCACUAUCAAACGAGGCAUGUACGAAGAUCGAAAGUUUAUUCCAAAGUUCGAUGAUCCUUUAAUGUUAGAAACAUUUGGGUUUAGUUAUGAUCCCUCACCAGUGUUACAUACACAGAAAAAAAUCACUGCAAGAAAAACUGUUGAUUUAAAUUAUGGAUCUCAUUUAAUUUAUGUUUAUUCCGAUAUUGUUGCUGAACAUUUUGUUGGUCAACAAUCUGUACGAGUCCUCCGAGUUGUUCCUCUCAAAAGAGGGAAAAGUCAUGAUAUUGUUCAUGAAAGAUUUGUUAAGCCACUUUAUUUCCCAGUAAGAACAAAUAGAAUCGAAGAAAUAAAUUUCAUUCUUGGUGAUGAAACUGGAAGUUUAGUUAGAUUUGCUUCCGGUAGAGUUCAUAUUGGUCUACACUUGAAACGUAUUAUAUAA